GUCAUACCUCCGUACUCCUCUCCUGUACAUACCCAUCACUGUCAUGCCUCCGUACUCCUCUCCUGUACAUACCCAUCACUGUCAUACCUCCGUACUCCUCUCCUGUACACACCCAUCACUGUCAUACCCCCGUACUCCUCUCCUGUACACACCCAUCACUGUCAUACCUCCGUACUCCUCUCCUGUACAUACCCAUCACUGUCAUACCUCCGUACUCCUCUCCUGUACAUACCCAUCACUGUCAUACCUCCGUACUCCUCUCCUGUACAUACCGAUCACUCAUACCUCCGUACUCCUCUCCUGUACAUACCCAUCACUGUCAUACCUCCGUACUCCUCUCCUGUACAUACAGUCCUCUCCUGUACAUACCGAUCACUGUCAUACCUCCACACUCCUCUCCUGUACAUACCGAUCACUGUCAUACCUCCGUACUCCUCUCCUGUACAUACCCAUCACUGUCAUACCUCUGUACUCCUCUCCUGUACAUACCCAUCACUGUCAUACCUCUGUACUCCUCUCCUGUACAUAUCCAUCACUGUCAUAUCUCCGUACUCCUCUCCUGUACAUACCGAUCACUGUCAUACCUCCACACUCCUCUCCUGUACAUACCGAUCACUGUCAUACCUCCGUACUCCUCUCCUGUACAUACCGAUCAUUGUCAUACCUCCACACUCCUCUCCUGUACAUACUACCCACCAUCGUAUCAUCUGCAACUCCUCUCUUACAU